UGUAUUCUGCAGCUCCGGUUCCGCCUGCUGUUUGCAGAACUGGCGCGAAAUCGGUUCUGUUGUGAUCCGCGGAGAUUUAUUUUUCUCUAUUUUAAGUCUUUUUACGGUUAAAGGCUGUCAGAAACAGAAUCAUGAGCAAGCGUAAGUCGAAAGACGCCAGUUUGCCUGUUGGUGAAUGCGUAUCUCAGGUCCAAAGAAUAAUGAGGGAGCGAUUUUGUCACCAGAAGCUUCCUGACAAACCUUAUGGAUUGGACUCGCAGUACAAGCACCUACUGGAGCUGUUGAGAAGAACAGCAGUUCAUGGUGAAAGUAACUCCGUUCUCAUCGUGGGCCCACGUGGAGCUGGUAAAACCAUGCUUCUGCGCUGUGCUCUGAGAGAGCUGCUGGAACUGCAGGAGGUGAAGAAGAAUGUUCUCCAGGUUCACCUGAGUGGCCUGCUGCAGACUGAUGACCGGAUCGCUCUAAAAGAAAUUACCCGCCAGCUCCACCUGGAGAACGUCGUAGGAGACAAAGUCUUUGGCAGCUUUGCUGAGAACCUGGUAUUUCUUCUGGAGGCUCUUAAGAAGGGUGAUAAAAGCAGUAGUCGUCCGGUGUUCUUUAUUCUGGACGAGUUUGAUCUGUUUGCACAUCAUAAGAACCAGACCCUCCUCUAUAACCUGCUGGAUGUGUCCCAGUCAGCUCAGGCUCCUGUGGCUGUGGUGGGGCUCACCUGCAGACUGGACAUGUUGGAGCUAUUAGAAAAGCGAGUCAAGUCGCGGUUUUCCCACAGACAGAUCCAUCUGCUGAGUUCGAUGACUUUCCCCCAGUAUCAAGAGACAUUCCGCUCUGAGCUCACCUUGCCGGACACGUUCCCCGACAGCAAGUUCUCCCAGGAAUGGAACCUUAGUAUUAAGAAACUGUGUGAAGAUAAGUCAGUGGAGGAGAUUUUGCAGAAAAGUUUUAACUGCAGUAAAGAUUUUCGCUCGCUGCACUUACUGCUUCUGCUGGCACUGAGUCGUGUGUCAGUGUCGAACCCAACUGUGCGAGCUGCAGACAUACUGGAGGCCAAUCGGAUGAGCGCAGCUGACUCAAAAGCCAACAUUCUCCAUGGUUUGUCAAUCCUGGAGUUAUGUUUGAUUAUCGCUAUGAAACAUCUGAAUGAUAUCUAUGAAGGAGAGCCUUUUAACUUCCAGAUGGUUCACAAUGAGUUUAAGAAGUUUAUUCAGAGGAAGUCUCACUCCAUCCAUAACUUUGAAAAGCCUGUGGUGAUUAAGGCGUUUGAGCACCUGCUGCAGCUGGAGCUGAUCCGGCCGGUGGAUGGCGGAGUGUGUAAAGUGCAGAGAGAGUACCAGCUGAUGCGGCUGAUGUUGGAUCACACUCAAGUCAUGGAGGCCCUGCAGAGAUACCCCCAGUGCCCCACCGAUGUCAGGCAGUGGGCCGUUUCGUCCUUCGGUUGACCUGUGUAUCUAGUUGAGCUUCACAUAUUGUAAACGAUGUAAAGAUAUGUGUGUAUGUAAAAAACGGGGUUGUUUAAUGCAAGCCUAUUUUUUCAAUAGAAGAGGAAGAAGUAUUUUGUACAUAUUAAAAAAUUAAUAGUAACAAUA